GAGGCCGGCAGAAUUCCCCGCCGGAGAAGGAUUUGAUUUUUUUUGUUGUUUUAUUUUUCCCCUCCUCCAGGGUCCUGAUAACUGGGGAGAAUCCGGUUUCAUCCUCCCUUUUUACUCAAAAGUCUGCUGAGCGGCUUGUCGACUUCAGCGCGCUUCCUCUCUCUCUCUCUCUCUCUCUCUCUCUCUCUCUCCUUCUCUCCCUCUCUCCAUAUAAAUACGCGGAGCUCUGUCCUCGCUCUAUGCAAGGAAAGUUGGGAAGGACUGCCUGGAUGAUGGAACCGCUAGUUUUCUGAGAGCCUUCUGACCCUGAAGGGUGACAUUUACGUUAGCGCUGCCGAGCUGGUGUAAUGCGAGGAAGGACACAUCAUGAAAUGGAAACAUUAUCCUUUUUUGGUCAUAGUAGCUGUAUUCAGCCUUUCCAGAUGCCAUCAGUUACUGGGCCAGCUCGUUCCAGACUCCGAAGACCUAGAGAGGGGGAACGACAGCGGGACACCACUCCCCACCUCUGAUAACGGCGACAAUUCGCUGGGCUACACAGGUUCCCGCCUUCGACAAGAGGAUUUCCCCCCUCGGAUUGUCGAACACCCGUCCGAUCUCAUCGUUUCCAAGGGAGAGCCGGCGACUCUAAACUGCAAAGCAGAGGGCAGGCCGACCCCCACCAUCGAGUGGUACAAGGGAGGGGAGCGAGUGGAGACGGACAAGGAUGACCCGCGCUCGCACCGCAUGCUGCUGCCCAGCGGCUCCUUGUUCUUCCUGCGCAUCGUCCACGGGCGCAAGAGCCGGCCGGAUGAAGGGGUCUAUGUGUGUGUGGCAAGGAAUUACCUUGGGGAAGCUGUAAGCCAUAAUGCAUCGCUGGAGGUGGCAAUUCUACGGGAUGACUUCAGACAAAAUCCCUCCGAUGUAAUGGUAGCUGUGGGUGAACCUGCAGUGAUGGAGUGUCAGCCCCCAAGAGGUCACCCAGAACCGACUAUAUCGUGGAAGAAAGAUGGGACCCCUCUAGAUGACAAAGAUGAGAGAAUCACAAUCAGAGGAGGAAAGCUUAUGAUCACAUACACAAGAAAGAAUGAUGCUGGAAAAUAUGUCUGUGUUGGAACAAAUAUGGUGGGAGAACGUGAAAGUGAAGUUGCGGAGCUCACUGUUUUAGAGAGACCAUCUUUUGUGAAGAGGCCGAGUAAUUUGGCAGUAACUGUGGAUGACAGCGCGGAGUUCAAGUGUGAGGCGAGAGGUGACCCCGUCCCUACAGUGAGGUGGAGGAAAGACGAUGGGGAGUUACCAAAAGCAAGAUACGAAAUCCGUGAUGAUCAUACCUUAAAAAUCCGGAAAGUUAUGGCAGGAGACAUGGGAUCCUAUACUUGUGUGGCAGAAAAUAUGGUGGGAAAAGCGGAGGCAUCAGCAACUUUAACAGUUCAAGUUGUGUCUGAGCCUCCACAGUUUGUUGUAAAGCCUCGAGAUCAGGUAGCUGCACUGGGGAGAACGGUGACUUUCCAGUGUGAAGCAACUGGAAACCCUCAGCCAGCCAUCUUUUGGCGGAGGGAGGGAAGUCAGAAUCUCCUUUUCUCAUACCAGCCCCCUCAGUCAUCCAGCCGAUUUUCAGUCUCCCAGACAGGAGACCUCACGAUCACCAACGUCCAGAGGUCCGAUGUUGGGUACUACAUCUGCCAGACCUUAAACGUCGCAGGAAGUAUCAUAACAAAAGCCUACUUGGAAGUUACAGACGUGAUUGCAGACCGGCCUCCCCCUGUCAUUCGACAGGGUCCUGUGAAUCAGACCGUAGCUGUAGAUGGUACUUUGGUGCUGAACUGUGUGGCCACUGGCACUUUAAUGCCCACUAUCCUCUGGAAAAAGGAUGGAAUCCUCGUUUCCACCCAGGACUCCCGCAUCAAGCAAUUGGAGACGGGAGCACUGCAGAUCCGAUAUGCCAAGCUGGGCGACACCGGUCGCUACACCUGCAUCGCCUCAACCCCGAGUGGCGAAGCUACAUGGAGUGCAUACAUUGAGGUCCAAGAGUUUGGAGUCCCAGUGCAGCCACCGAGACCCACUGACCCAAACUUGAUUCCCAGUGCUCCGUCAAAACCCGAGGUGACAGAUGUCAGCAGAAAUACAGUUACAUUGUCAUGGCAACCUAAUUUGAAUUCAGGUGCAACGCCAACCUCUUACAUAAUUGAGGCCUUCAGCCAUGCAUCUGGGAGCAGCUGGCAAACUGUAGCUGAAAAUGUGAAAAUGGAGAGUUUUGCAGUUAAAGGGCUAAAACCAAAUGCGAUUUACCUGUUCCUUGUGAGAGCAGCUAAUGCGUAUGGACUGAGCGACCCAAGCCAAAUAUCUGAUCCAGUGAAAACUCAAGAUGUUCCACCAACAAGCCAAGGUGUGGAUCACAAGCAGGUCCAGAGAGAACUGGGUGACGUGGUACUACAUCUGCACAACCCUACUAUCCUUUCUUCCUCCUCAAUUGAAGUUCAUUGGACUGUGGACCAGCAAUCCCAAUACAUCCAAGGAUAUAAAAUUCUGUACCGGCCUACACCAGCAUCCUACGGAGAGUCAGAGUGGUUAAUCUUUGAAGUGAGGACUCCAACCAAGAACAGCGUUGUCCUUCCCGAGCUGAAGAAAGGUGUAAACUACGAAAUCAAGGCCCGCCCUUUUUUUAAUGAGUUUCAGGGAGCAGAUAGUGAAGUGAAAUUUGCAAAGACCCUGGAAGAAGCUCCUAGUGCUCCACCUCAGAGUGUCUCAGUAACUAAGAACGAUGGGAACGGCACAGCAAUCGUGGUCACCUGGCAGCCACCCCCCGAGGACAACCAGAACGGGAUGGUUCAAGAAUAUAAGGUUUGGUGUCUUGGCAAUGAAAGUCGAUACCACAUCAACAAAACGGUGGAUGGUACCACCUUUUCCGUCGUCAUCCCCUCCCUGGUUCCUGGUAUUCGAUACAGCGUGGAAGUGGCAGCAAGUACUGGGGCAGGACCUGGAGUGAAAAGCGAUCCCCAGUUUAUCCAGUUAGAUUCUCAUGGAAACCCUGUGUCUUCAGAAGAUCAAGUCAGCUUAGCCCAGCAGAUUUCUGAUGUAGUGAAGCAGCCUGCCUUUAUUGCUGGAAUCGGUGCAGCCUGUUGGAUUAUCCUUAUGGUCUUCAGCAUCUGGUUGUACCGCCACAGGAAGAAGCGGAAUGGACUCACGAGUACUUACGCUGGUAUCAGAAAAGUCCCGUCUUUUACCUUCACACCAACAGUAACGUAUCAGAGAGGAGGAGAGGCCGUAAGCAGUGGAGGCAGGCCAGGACUCCUAAACAUCAGUGAACCAGCCACUCAGCCAUGGCUAGCAGAUACUUGGCCUAACACAGGGAACAAUCACAAUGACUGCUCCAUCAACUGCUGCACCUCUGGCAAUGGAAACAGUGAUAGCAACCUCACAACGUACAGUCGACCAGCCGAUUGUAUAGCAAAUUACAACAAUCAGCUGGACAACAAGCAGACAAACCUGAUGUUGCCUGAGUCAACUGUGUAUGGGGACGUGGACCUCAGCAACAAAAUGAAUGAGAUGAAAACCUUCAAUAGUCCAAAUCUAAAGGACGGAAGAUUUGUCAGCCAGCCUGGGCAGCCCACUCCUUAUGCCACCACUCAGCUCAUCCAGUCAAAUAUCAGCAAUAAUGUUAACAAUGGCAGCGGGGACACGAAUGAGAAACACUGGAAACCCCCUGUUCAGCAAAAGCAAGAGGUUCCACCCAUUCAGUACAACAUUAUGGAGCAAAACAAAUUAAACAAAGAUUACCGAGUAAAUGACAACAUAGCUCCAACUAUUCCCUACAACCAAUCGUACGACCAGAAUACAGGUGGAUCCUACAACAGCUCGGACAGAGGCAGCAGCACAUCUGGGAGUCAAGGGCACAAGAAGGGUGCUCGGACCCCAAAGGCCCCCAAGCAGGCCGGGAUGAACUGGGCAGAUCUUCUUCCACCCCCUCCAGCACAUCCACCUCCCCACAGCAAUAGUGAAGAUUACAGCCUUUCAGUGGAUGAAAGUUAUGACCAAGAAAUCCCUUGUCCCGUCCCACCCGCAAGGAUGUAUCUGCAGCAGGAUGAGCUAGAGGAAGAGGAAGAAGAUGAGCGAGGUCCUACUCCACCUGUCCGAGGGGCAGCCUCCUCUCCAGCCGCUGUCUCCUACAGCCACCAGUCAACUGCCACUCUCACCCCCUCUCCCCAGGAAGAGCUCCAGCCCAUGUUACAGGACUGUCAGGAGGAGCUGGGACACACCCAACACCAACCUGACCGGAGACGUCAACCCGUGAGUCCUCCACCCCCUCCAAGGCCCAUCUCCCCACCCCAUACCUAUGGAUACAUCUCAGGGCCCAUGGUCUCUGACAUGGAUACCGACGCGCCUGAGGAGGAAGAGGAUGAGGCCGACAUAGAGGUCGCCAAGAUGCAAAACAGGAGGCUCCUUUUGCGUGGCCUGGAGCAGACCCCUGCCUCCAGCGUUGGGGAUCUGGAGAGCUCCGUGACGGGGUCCAUGAUCAAUGGCUGGGGUUCAGCCUCCGAAGAAGACAACAUCUCGAGCGGGAGGUCCAGCGUCAGCUCCUCGGACGGAUCGUUUUUUACCGAUGCAGAUUUUGCACAGGCUGUGGCAGCAGCUGCGGAAUACGCCGGUCUGAAAGUAGCCAGACGUCAAAUGCACGAGGCAGCAGGAGGCCGUAGACAUUUUCAUGCAUCACACUGUCCUAGACCCACCAGCCCUGUAUCUACCGACAGCAACAUGAGUGCUGUUGUAAUACAGAAGGUCCGACCUGCCAAAAAGCAAAAACACCAGCCAGGACAUCUGCGCAGAGAAGUCUACACAGAUGACUUGCCACCUCCUCCUGUGCCACCUCCGGCCAUAAAAUCACCGACGGCCCAGUCCAAGUCGCAGCUGGAGGUGCGGCCGGUCAUGCUGCCAAAACUGGCUUCUAUAGAGGUGAGGACAGACAGGUCUGCGGAAAGGAAAGGAGCCAGCUACAAGGGGAGGGACGGCAUGGACGGCAGGCAGCACUCAGACGUGCGGACAAACUCGGGAGAGCGGCGAGAGCCCCAGGAACAGCAGAGCGACGGGAAACUGCGAGGAAACAAAGCACCAAAACGAGACGGCACACCAGCAAAAACUCAUCUUCUUCAAGAGGACAUCCUGCCAUAUUCUAGACCAACGUUUCCAACAUCAAAUAAUCCUAGAGAUCCCAGCUCCUCCAGCUCCAUGUCGUCAAGAGGAUCAGGAGGCAGACAGAGGGCAGAUCAAGCAAAUCUAGCCCGAAGGAAUGUUGCAGAAAUGCAAGUACUGGGAGCGUAUGAACAAGGAGAAGAGGAAGAAGAAGAAGAGAUGGAGGAAACAGAAAGCUGAAGACGACGACAUGUACUGUAACAGGCUUUUAAAAUCUAAUCAGAAAAAAAAAAAAUCACUUAAGAUGCCUCAAGUCUGAUGAUGUUUGACGCCAGAAAUAAUGUUCAGUGCAAUCAGAGUGUACAAUUUUUUCUUUUUUUUUUUUUUUUCUUCAUGCCAUCAGAUUGCUAGUUUUUUAUUUUUUACUCUUUUCUUUGUAAGCCCCCCCUUACCGGGAUCGGCCCCUGCCCGUUCCGUGACGCUGAAGUGCAUCCAGGGAGGCAGGUGAGCUGCUCCUCAUGGUGCUUGGGCCAGCGGCUGCUCCUGGAGUAGAGCAGAAGGGAAUUCCAGAGCCUGGGAUGCUGAGGUUUCUCCCCAGCGGGUGCACCGGCCAGGUACAC